GUGGUCAACUGUGUGGGCAUUUUAUAUGGCGUUGCAUAGAGCUGUCCUGAAGAAGUCUCUUCCGCCCGGCCUUCCUCCGCGCGGAUCUCUGCAGCCGCGAAGGAACAACAUCUUGCUAGAUUCUUACAUAACGAUGUAUGUCGUUUGCUUUGCCAGAAUAAAGUGGGGGAGGCGGUCGAAGUGGCAGGAAGAAGGAUUACUCUCCUCUUCCAUGGAGUGACUUCUUCGACACUCAUCAAGAUGUUAGAGCUGGAGCUAAUUCUUUUCGAGUGUACCUGAAAGGAAGUGGAGGUCCAGUGCUCCUGUUGCUCCACGGAGGAGGUCAUUCUGCUCUCUCUUGGGCCGUGUUCUCUGUUUCAGUGAGUAAACUGGUGGAGUGUAGGAUAGCAGCCAUGGAUAUCAGAGGGCACGGAUAUACGGCUACUGAGAACGAUACCGAUCUUUCCGCCAGUACUCUCCUCAGUGAUGUACAGACAGUGGCUGAUUCACUCUAUAGAGAUGAGUCCCCUCCCAUAGUACUAAUGGGACACAGCAUGGGAGGUGCCAUAGCUGUCCACGUCGCUGCCAAGCUAACCAUACCUUCACUCAUUGGUCUAGCAGUAAUAGACGUAGUCGAAGGGACAGCAAUGGACUCACUCGGGGCCAAUCACGCAUUCCUGAACAAUCGUCCGUCUUCAUUCCGGUCUCUGGAACAUGCCAUUGAAUGGAGUAUACGGAGUGGUCAGUUGAGGAAUGUGCAGUCAGCCCGCGUGUCAGUCCCCGGACAAGUCAUGAAGAGUAAUGGUGUUGGUUCGGACUCAGUCAUAUCACCAGAUGAGUCUGUAGACAGUGAGAGGCAUUCAAAGGCAACUUCCAGAGUGUCUCUCCUCACUACGCCACCAAUAGCAGAAGAGGGGGAGGGGAGUGGUGGUGGUAGAGAUGAUGAGGAGGUUAGGAGAGACAAGGAUGAUCAUGAGAGUGUCAGCAAGUCAGAAAUUAAAGAGCUGUAUGUCUGGAGGAUUGACUUGGCAAAGACGGAUCCAUUCUGGAGGGGUUGGUUCAGUGGUCUAACCCAGCUCUUUCUCUCCUGCCCACUUCCCAAGAUCCUCAUCCUUGCAGGAGUUGACAGACUUGACAAGGAGAUGACCAUCGCACAUAUGCAAGGGAAGUUUCAGAUGCAGGUUCUGUCUGGCUGUGGGCAUGCUGUGCAUGAAGAUGUACCAGACAAGGUAGCUGAAAUAGUAGCAGGUUAUCUAGUCAGACACAGAUUCUCAGAGGCAAAGGAGGAUUUCAAGAGCUUGUUUCCAGGACUGAAAUUCCCCUAACAGUUCUCAAUGUACGAACUGCAUUACAUCUGAAACCGUGCCGCUUUUAAAUCAGUGCUUUGUUUCUAAUACAUGAUUGUUGCUGUGCGUGUACAUUCAUAAAUAGACAGGCUAUUAAGUCUCCUAACGAUAGGGGCUAACGAGAUUUCCCCUUCCGAGUCCCAGAAGUGGAUUUCUUGCUGAGACUAGUCGCAGCAGUAGAACCUCCUCCGAAGAAGUUGGUGAGAUACUCCUCAAUGCUGGGCAUGCCUCCAGUCUGGCCCGGUGUCAGCAUGGUCAUCUUCUCUUGCAUCUCCUUCUUGUCCUCGGGGUCCAUUCCCUUCAUCAGCCGCGGGAUGAUAAGCAUCAGAAUCAUAGGAGCCACUAGCAGGAGCACCAUAGGGUUCUUGAGUGUACUAACGAUGCUCCAUGGCUCUCGCUUCUCAAAAAACUCUGCUUGUUUCCCGGUCCUGAACUUAAGGGGGUAUGGGAGGUGAUCGAUCGUCUUUGAGUUCAAAAAGUUUGCCUUCCGUGCUCGCACUCGGCCCGACUUGCUGCUAAUGUCCACUCUUUGUGGCUCGAACACAUAGUUGUCUGCCACCACCUCGACCAGGUAAGACCCAGGCAUCACUCCGUGGAUUUCAAACUCUCCGUUGGCCUUCAGGAAGCCGUGAUAUCGCCCACCGUCCACGGACACGAACGUAGUCGUCAACCAUUUCUCGGUAUUGGUCCCGUCUAUCGUCACUUUCCCCUCGAUCGUCUGGAGCAGCGGUCCCGUCGACUCUGCCCCGUCCGAAGGCUCUUCUGCCGCGGAAGAACGAAUGAAGAGCAGUAUACUACAUAGGGAUAUAAUCAGCAAGGUUGUGUACGUUCCGAAAAAGUCCAUUUCGUGUCCACAAAGCUAAGCGACAGAGCUAAGCAAGGAGGCAA